ACCUGGCUCAUCAUUCUUUUCAAAUAAUUAGCUACCUCUAGUUUUGAUGACUAAGUGUUGUAGAACUAACUCAAAUUUCUGCUAAAUGUCGUCGGCAUAUAUAUUGUCCAUGUUUUCGAGUAAUAUGUCAAUGUUUUCGAGUGCCAUAAUGAGUAAGCAAAACUGCAAUAUCGUCCAAAUUUUCCUAUUAUUUUAAACUGGCAAACUGCUAUAUCGUCCAAAUUUUUCCUAUUUUGUAUGAUUAUUUUUGGAAAGUUACUUACUACAAGAACUCGCAUGCAUUCUAAUUUCCCUACCUUGUGCUCCACUCUGAAUCAAUGGCGUCUUCUUCUCUAUCAACCCUUUGCAGUUGCACUUCGUCUUCUCUGUAUCCUAACACUAAGCUCUCACGUUAUCUUUCGGCAAACUUAACCUCCAAAACAAAUGUUUCCAUUCAGUUUCUUGGAAAGAAACCGUUCCCGCUUCUCUCCUCAACCAUGAGAUUUCUCACUGUUGUCGCCGCCACGGCUCAAUCAAUACCUAGAGGCAAAACCAAAAAAGUGGUUGGAACUAUAAAAAUGAAUGUAUGGGCGGGAAGAGCAACUCCGGCGCCCCCGGAUAUGAGCUUCACUUUUAUCCUCAAGACCCCUCCUGCUUCGUUUUUGUUGCUUAAGGCUGCAGGUGUUAAGAAAGGAUCUAAAGAUCCAAAGCAAAAUAAAGUUGGGAUGAUAACAAUAGAACAACUCCGCAAAAUUGCAGAAGAAAAGCUGCCUGAGCUGAAUUGCACUACAAUUGUAUCCGCUAUGAGAACCAUUGCAGGAACUGCAUGUAACAUGGGGAUAGACAUUGACCCUCCUAUUCUUGAACCUAAAAAAGAAAAUAGCUUUGUGAAGAGAAGAAUGGAAGAUCAACUCAAGGACUUUGAAGAUGCUUGUAGAAUCUAA